AUGGCGAAUGAUAUGGUUGCUGCAAUGAAAGUUGAAGUAGUUUCAAAAGAAAUUAUCAAGCCUUCUUGCCAGACUCCAAAUCACCUUAAAACCUUCAACUUAUCCCAUCUUGAUCAGCUUGCUCCUCCAUUUUAUACUCCACUCCUUCUUUAUUACUGCAAAAAUGACAAUCAUAACAGUAUCGAAGCAGUCGACUGUUGUUCUGUAACAAAGAAAUCUUUAGCUGAAGCCUUAACGCAAUUCUAUCCCUUAUCUGGUAAAGUCAUCGAUGACAAAUUUGUAGAUUGCAACGAUGAUGGAGCAAAUUAUUUCGAAGCCAAAGUAAGUAACUGUCAGCUCUCUCAACUUAUCCAACAUCCUGAUGUCCAUGAAGUGGCAAAUAUAUUCCUUCCAUUUGAACCCCGGGAUCCUGAAAUACUUUCCAUGCAACUUCCUUUGAUAUCUGUCAAAGUCAAUGUUUUCGACGAGGAUUGUGGUGGCGGAAUUGUGAUUGGUUUGUGCAUCUCCCACAAGAUAAUUGACGCAGCUUCAUUCACCACUUUCAUCAACGACUGGGCUACUAUUGCUCGUGGUAUUAGUUCUGUAGAUGCUGAUCAGCAAAUCAAAGGUCCUGAUUUUGGGUUACAAUGUCUUUUCCCACAAAAAGAUUUAACAGGUUUUAAACCGCCUGCCUCUCUGCCAAUGAAUGGAGUAGUGGUUACAAAGAAGUUUGUUUUUACGGAUUCAAAAUUAGCUCUACUCAAGGAAAAAUGCCAAAUCAUCACCAAUGAAUCAACCGACUUACGGUACCAGCUGCCGACUCGUGUUGAAGCCCUGUCUGGUUUAAUAUGGAAAUGUUUAAUUGAUAUAGAUCAAGGCAAGAUCAUGAAGGGGGCUACUUCUGAUCCUCCUGCAGUUACGGUUUACCUACUGACACAUGCAAUAAAUAUGAGAUCAAGGAUAGUUCCACCAUUGCCGCCACACUCCUUCGGCAAUAUGGCUUGCCUUGCGGUUGCUCCCCACGUCUACAUGAAUAAUAGCAAGGACGUUGAAGUAAAGGACCAGAACUACCCAGAUUUGGUGAGUAAAGUUAGGGACUCCAUAAAGAAAAUUGAUGGAGAUUACAUAGAAGAACUGCGAACUACUGAUAUGCUCUUAAACUUCCUGAAGAUGAACGAGAAUAAAGCAAGUGGCCAGAGUACGUCGAUGCUACACUUCACUAGUUGGUGUAGGUUUCCAAUAUAUGAUGCAGACUUUGGUUGGGGAAAGCCAACAUGGAUAAGUAUUUCUUCAAUCCCUUUUAAGAACAUGGUUGUGCUAAUGGAUACUAGUUCAGGUGAUGGAAUUGAAGCCACGGUGAGCUUGGAUAUAGAGGACGCUGCUGAUUUUGAACAUCAACUCCUUGCAUUUAUGUCCUAG